AUGGGGCAUGGAAGCUCGAAAGAAGAGAAUGGCGCUGCAGAGUCACAGUCGAAAGGAUCACGUCGCGCUCGGCUGAAGCAGCGACUUCACCUUCAUCGACGACGUCGCAGUCGCUCAAAUUCCCCGUCUCAUGGCAAACUCCUGAAUGCUGAAAAUUUCGCCGGAAUCGCUUUGCUCACUCUCGUUCGAGCUGAAAUGAAGUUCAAGGACAAGUGGCUUGCCUGUGUAUCUUUUGGAGAACAGACCUUCCGUACGAAUAUCUCCGAUCAAACUGACAAGCCUGUUUGGAACUCUGAGAAGAAGCUUCUUUUGGAAAAAAUGGGCCUCAUGUUGCAAGGAUAUCCAUUUAUGAGGUCUCCUUAUUUAGGGAUGGCUGUGGUGGCUGGCAUGGCAUAG